CUGAUGGAAUCGUCCCAAUCCAACAUGGACGCCGUUCCAUCGUUGGGAAGAAGCGGGUGAAAUUGCGGGAGGAUUUCUGCGUGUUUCUGCGUGCAGCCGUGAGACAGGAGCCCCAGCCAUGGCGGACCCGUUCACCAGGCGGCUGCUGCGCGUGUGUGUGGCGCAGAUAUGUCAGACUCUCGGCUGGCACGCCGUGCAGACGACACCGUGCGAGGUGCUCACAGACAUACUGCACAGAUAUCUGGAGCAGGUGACCAGAACGGCCCACAGAUACUCGGAGCAGUUUGGUCGUACGGAGCCGAACCUGGAUGACCUUGGUCUGGCCUUCGGUGACCUGAGCAUGACCCUGCAGGAGAUGGAACACUACAUCGCUAACGUGGAGCCGGUCCCCUUCGCACACAACCUGCCCAGGUUUCCUCUGCCCAAGAACAACGCACUCAACAUCCCAGAACCAGGCAGCAAACAGGCGCGGGAGAGGAGGGGGUACAUACCGGAACACCUGCCGCCUUUACCUGCGGACAUGGAUGAUCCUGAAGAGGAGCUGCCACAGUCUCCCGUUGCCAUGGACACCAGUCAGCCAAUGAGCUCUGCAGAUCCAGACCUACAUCUCGGCGCCCCGUCUGUUACCAUGGAGACAGACAGCCUGUCUCCUCAUGCGGAGCAGAGAGGGUUGAAGCGCCCCCCGACGGGUUAUGAGGGAACUCCACCCAAGAAGCGGCCGUACAUUGUUCCAGAGGAGGCCCUAUCCACACCCCCUGGUAUCAGCCGUAGCGGCUUCACCUUGAAGGGGGAGGGGGUGCUUCCCGAGGCCAGGACCCCCCCUGUUCCCAAGCCGGCCCCCCCAGAGCCGCCCAAGACUGUGCCAGUGUUAAAGAUCGCCCCUGUCCCCCCUCCCGUCAGCAGUGGUUCGGCCCCUUCUGCGGCUGCAUCCCUCCCCGCAUCCGUAACGGCUUCUGCUGCCUCCCCGACUCCCGCCAAGAAACCCAAGAAGAAACCAUCCGGCACCGGAGACAAGGAGAAGGGCUUCAAGAUCAAGUCUAAGUCACCUAAAGGAGAUGUGCUCAAGUCUCCUGCCAUCAAGGCGUCUCUCCUGACCCCCAAGUCGCCCAAGUCACCUUUAAGAAAGAAGUCUCCGGGAAAGUCUCCCAAGAGGCCAAAAUCCCCCGGCUCGGCUAAGUCCCCGGGCAGGGCUAAGUCACCGGCCGUGUUCCAACCACCAGAGAUCAAAAUUCCCCCGGAAGAGCCUCCGCCCAAAAGCCCGGAGUUCCCGUCUCCCCCUCCACGCCCUCCCAAGUCCCAGCUGGAGGCCUUGCUGGUGAAGCGGCCGGAGGUGCCGAAACCCGACCCCCUCGCCACAAAACCCGACACCCCCGCCCGCUCCCAGCUGGCCAGCCUGCUCACCCGGGAUAGCCCGGCGCCCCAGGCCCCUCAGGCUGCCCCGGUUAGCCUGGAAGAACCAGCACAUCUCGACAGGGAGUUCGAGCUCGAAGAUGAUGAAGAUGAUGAUGACCUGGUGAUCGACCUGGAGGCAAACCCACGGAAGAAAUCACAGGUGAACAUGGGGCACACCACGGUGGACGACGUCAUAGAUUCGGUCAUCUUCCGAGCGGCGAAACCGAAACAGCAGUCCGUCUACGAUUUCGACGAGGAAGACAACGAACCUCCUCCAAAGCAGCUGGUGCCCCCGCUGCUGUUAACCGUGCCCAAACAGGAGCAGAAACCGGUGGACCCGAAAGAGGCUGCCGCCAUGGACGAUUCCAUCGAUGCUGUCAUCGGCCGCCACGCCAAGGAACCACCAUCCGCUCUCGAACAACCCAAAACAUCGGAGCCUUCCCCGCUGGAGCUUCUUAAAGCAAGUGAGAAGGACAAGAAAAAGAUGAAGAAGGAAAAGCUGAGGGCAAAGCUGAAGGAGAAGGAGAGGCUAAAAGCCAAGGAGGAGUCGGAGAAACCGAAGGAGUUUACAGAGAAGCUGAAGAUCACGACAAACGCGGAGACCGGGCUGUCGUUGGUAGCACGGAUGGAACCGACAACGCCAUUAGCGGUUAAGGUGGCGUCACCGGGGGCGACGGAAGAGAGGGACGACAGGGAUAGAGAGAAGAGGAGAAAAGACAAGAAGAAGAAAAAGAAACGAGAGAAGGAGAAACAUCGGGAGAAAGACAGGGAAAGAGAAGAAAAGCACAGAAAGGAAAAGGCUCGGAGCCAGUCCCCGCCCCGGACCCCCCCUCCCCCGCCUGCCAUCCCUAAACUCACCCUCAAGAUGGGCGGAGACUCGGGCGGCACCAAGAUAGUGAUAAAGACCCCCCUGCCCCCACCCCCUCCUGAGAGGAAGGAGAAGGUACAGAAGCCAGAAAAGACCCCCAAAGCCGACAAACCCCCUAAACUGGAGAAGACUCCCAAACCCGAGAAGCCGCCCAAGCAAGACAAGCCCCCGAAACCUGAGAAAACACCAAAGACGGAGAAACCUCCCAAGACCGAGAAACCAUCAAAGACAGAAAGACGGAAGGAGCCCGUGUCUCCACCGAGACCCCCUCGCCAGGCAACCCCCCCUCCGCUAUCCCCCUCACCCACUCCACCGCCGCAGAGAGCACCAUCUCCUCCUUGGCAACCCCCCUCUCCUCCAAGGAACCCCCCGACCCCCCCUCAACAAGCCCUAAGCCCCGGACCGUUCCAACCCCCGCCCCCUCCCUACCCAAACCCUUACUUCUACGCCAUGCAGGCAGCCAUGGGGUUUCCGCAGAUGCCCCCUGACCCCAUGUUCCAGCCCCCUCCUGACCCCAUGUUCCAACCUCCCCCUCCUUACCAGCUGCCACCCCCUCCGUACCACCCCCCUCCACCACAACCCUACCCCCCUGUCACACAGGCCUUCCCCCCUGCACAGCCAGUCCAGCAGUACCAGGAACCCCCUCCCAUGCCGGCCUUCCCACCCGUUCCGCCGGCCCCCCCUGUAGCGCCACCCCCCCAGCAGCAGUCCACCCCCCCUCGGAAGCCCCCAGCAGCGGCAGCGGCGUCUACCCCCACCCCGGCCGCCCCCCCUCCCACACCAAAGCAAGUGCAGAGAACAGUCAUCGCAGAAACCAUCGGCACUAUCGUGGGCCCUGAGGGAGAAACUAUCUGGAUCUGUCCUGCGUGUUCCCGCCCUGAUGACGGUAGUCCCAUGGUCGGGUGUGACAACUGUGACGACUGGUACCACUGGCCGUGUGUGGGGAUCACAGAGGAACCUACAGAAGACAAGUGGUUCUGUCCUCGCUGCUCUGUUCAGCCCAAGGCUCAGGGCAAGAAGAAAACCAAGAGGAAAAAACACAAACCGUAAUAUCAACUAUGGGGGUACAGUGUAUCUUAGAGCUGUGAUUAUCAGUGGUAACAUGAUGAAAAAUUAUUUUGUACAAUUUAACAUGAUGAAAACAAACUACUGCUCAGUACAGCCCAAACCAAGAGGCACAAACCAUAACAACAAGUAUGGGGGUACAGUGUACAUGUAUUGUAGAGCUAUUAGUGUUAGCUCUGUUAGGAAUAGAUGGUAACUUUGUUCAAAAUUAUUUUGUACAGAUAUUCUAACAUGACAAAAACAAAAUAUUCCUCUGUACAACCGAAGACUCAGGCCAAGAAUAAAACCAAGAG